AUGGGGCCGGAUGCGAUCCAUACAAGGGUACUGAGGGAGCUGGCGGAAGUGCUCACCAAGUCACUUUACAUAAUUUAUCAUCAGUCCUGGCUAACCAGGGAGGUCCCAGUUGACUGGAGGUUAGCAAAUGUGAUGUCCAUCUACAAGAAGGACCAUAAGGAGGAUGCAGGGAACUACAGGCCUGUGAUUCUGACCUUGGUGAUGGGGAAGGUUAUGGAGCAGACAUGUACAGGACAUGUACAGGACAACCAAGAGAUCAGGCCCAGUCAACAUGGGUUUAUGAAGGGCAGGUCCUGUUUAACUAACCUGAUCUCCUUCUAUGACAAGGUGACCCAUUCAGCGGAUGAGGGAAAGGCUGUGGAUGUUGUCUACCUAGACUUUAGUAGAACCAUUGGCACCCUUUCCCCCAGCAUUCUCCUGGAGAAACUGGCUGCUCAUGGCUUGGAUGGGGGAACACUUCACUGGAUAAAAAACUGGCAGGAUGGUCGUGCACAAAGAGUGGUGGUGAAUGGACUUAAAUACAGCUGGUGGCCAGUCACAAAUGGUAAUGCAUUUGUGGUGAGCUUGGCUUUGGCUGAUCUGGUGGUGGCCUUGUACCCCUACCCACUGGUGCUCUUAGCUAUUUUCCACAAUGGAUGGACUUUGGGUGAAAUGCACUGUAAAGCAAGUGGCUUUGUGAUGGGACUAAGUGUAAUAGGCUCUAUUUUCAAUAUCACUGCAAUUGCAAUAAACCGAUAUUGCUAUAUAUGUCAUAGUUUUGCCUAUGACAAAGUGUACAGCUGUUGGAACACAAUGCUGUACGUCUCCUUAGUCUGGGUAUUAACAGUAAUUGCAACUGUGCCAAAUUUUUUUGUUGGCUCUUUAAAGUAUGAUCCACGCGUUUAUUCAUGCACAUUUGUUCAGACUGCAAGCUCCUACUAUACGAUAGCUGUUGUGGUAAUCCACUUCAUCAUCCCUAUCACCAUUGUCAGCUUCUGCUACCUUCGAAUUUGGGGUUUAGUGCUUCAAGUUAGAAGACGGGUCAAGUCAGAAACAAAGCUAAGACUGAAGCCAAGUGACUUCAGAAACUUUCUUACCAUGUUUGUUGUUUUUGUGAUUUUUGCCUUUUGCUGGGCGCCUCUAAACUUCAUUGGACUGGCUGUAGCCAUCAAUCCUAUGGAAAUGGCACCAAAAGUUCCUGAAUGGUUAUUCAUUAUAAGCUACUUCAUGGCCUAUUUCAACAGCUGCCUUAAUGCAAUAAUAUAUGGACUUCUUAAUCAGAAUUUUCGGAAUGAAUACAAACGAAUUUUACUAUCACUGUGGAUGCCAAGGCUUUUCUUCCAGGACACAUCCAAAGGAGGAACUGAUGGUCAGAAGAGCAGGCCUUCUCCUGCUUUAAACAACAAUGACCAAAUGAAAACUGAUACCUUGUAAAUGCAUAAUAGUCAAUGAAAGAGUCUGUCAUGGAGAACUCCAAGAAUAUAGUUGUAAUGUUCUGGUCAUUCUUGCUUACUUUUGGGGGUUUUCCACUUGGAUGGCACUUUUGUGACUGGAAUACUGUCUUCUUGAUAAAGCA